AUGAGCGACACACCGAGCUCGGUUGCGGCGCUGGGACGCGCACUCGUCAAGGCGAUCGAGUACGUCAACAUCAACUACGAGCAGACGAGCCGCCUGGCCAAGCGCGUGCAGGCGUGCAUGCCUGCGAUCGAGAAGCUGCCUGCAGACACGUCGGCCAAGCUGCUCGGGGCACUGGCGCGCACGUUCGUCGACGCCAAGGAGCUCGUCGAGGUCUACUCGGCUGAAGAGUGGGCCCACACGGUCGUCCAGAAGGGCACCGACAAGGCCGCCUUCACCGACAUCAACGACCGCUUCCUCGCUGCCGUGCAGGGCCUCAAGCUCAACAUCAAGGUCAAGAGUGUCUUUGACCGCUCCCAGGACACGGACGACCAGAACAAGGACGCAAAAUUCAUCACCAAGAACAAGCAGCAGAUUGAGGCUGCCAUCGCGCGCCUGGCUUCCCUGUCCCUCCAAGGCAACCAGUCGUCCGGGGCGAGUGGCAGCAGCAGCAGCAGCAGCGCUCCGAGACCCGCGAGUGUCAUUCCGCCGCCGACGGGGGGUCCGCCUGCCUUCUCGCUGUACGGCUCAACCACGGCUGCCGCUCGUCCUGGCAACAACCCGCCUGGACCCCCGCCGAGCAACCCCAUCUACCAGGCGGUCGAUAACGUGACGGUGGUGUCGACCUCCACCUACGGCUACGGCCAGGCGGCCAGUAACAACGUGACGGUGUCAACCAACACGUACGGCUCCACCUCGAGCUACGCCGCUGUCGGCAAUGGUGCCGGCGGUGCCGCACCCAUCUACGAAUCCACCUACCAGGCUCCCGGUGCCACCCCCAAGUCCAUCUAUGGCGGUGCCGUCACGUAUCAAACCGGAGCUCAUCAGCAGCAAACCAACUACCAAAAUCCGAACGACCCCGGCUACGACAGCGCCAUCUACGGCUCCUCCGACACCUACCAAGCGCCUGGCCCUCAUUACCAAGCGACGGACAUUUACCAGGCGACAGAUGCAGGCUACCAAGCGACGGGCAUCUACCAAGCGACUGACUCUACCUAUCAAGCGCCCGGAGUUGCGCCUCCUGGCGGCUCCAUCUACCAGAACUCUGGUGCCGGUGCUCCUCCUGUUUAUCAGAACUCUGACGGCGUCGACUCGGCGAACGCCAGCUCGCUGUCCAUCCCGCACGCGACUCUCAAGUUUGAAAAGGCUCUCGGCAGCGGCACCUUUGGCAAGGUCUCCCUGGGCAAGUGGAACCAAGAGACAGUUGCCAUCAAGCAGCUCAUCCUCACGCAGCUCGAUGCGCGCUUGCUUGACGAGUUUCGUCGUGAGGUUUUGGCGCACGGGCGCAUCCAGCACCAGAACAUUGCCAUGCUGCUCGGCGCCUGCUUUGACGCCAACAACUAUGCCUUGGUGCUCGAGUACUUCCCCAGCGGCAGUCUGCGCCAACUGCUCGCGGACACGGCAACCCACCCGACGCUCACACUGGCCGUGCGCGGCCGCAUCUUGCAGGACACUGCGCGUGGCAUGACCUGCCUCGCCCGCGCCGGCAUUGUCCACCGCAACCUCAAGUCUUCCAACGUGCUGAUCACCUCGGAAAUGCGUGCCAAGGUGUCGGAUUUCGGGUACGCCCGCAUCCGCCAGGAAACUGCCGCUGCGCAUCCGCCAACCGAAGCCACCUUGCACUACACGGCCCCUGAGCUGCUGACGUCCGAGAAUGUGCCCGCAGACGAAAAGUCGGACGUCUUUGCCUUUGGCAUUGUUGCGUGGGAGACGGCUGCGCGCCAACUGCCGUACAAGGGCAUGAACGACAAGGCCAUUCGCUCGGCUGUCAACGAAGGAGAUCGCCCGGACAUUCCCGAUGACGCCACGCCGACUUUGCGUGCUCUGAUUUCGCGCUCGUGGGACCAGUCUCCCGAAUCGCGCCCGACCUUUUCUCAGCUGGGCGACUUGGUGCAGCAGAUUGCCGACGUCUCGGCCAGCCCGGCGUCGAGCUUUUACGGCACGGCGUCAAACUUUUACGGCACCGCGGCAGCGCCCAACGCCGGCCCCCUGUACCAGAGCAUGGACGGCGCUCCGCUUCCGCCGGCGAGCAGUGUGCAGGGAGGCGCGGCGCCUCCGCCGCUGCCGCCCAAACGCACUUCUGUUGCGGUUACUCCGGCUCCUGCAGCGCCAGCAGUCCCUGUCAAGACAGUGUCCAACGCCCUGCCUCUCCCUCCUCGUGCGCCGCGCGGAGCGGCUGCAGACUCGGGCCCCCAGCCGCUGCCGCAGCGUCCAGUCUCGCAGUACGCCGUCGGCUCUGUCGCCGAGGCUACCGAGCAGCUCCAGUAUGGCAAGGACCUGAUGCGUCGUGGUGCCACGAAGCAAGCCAAGCCAUGCAUCGAGUAUGCGAUGGACGUGUACACCAAGCAUUACGGCCCGUCGCACGUGCAUGUCGCUGGCAUCGUUCUGGAGCUGGGCAAGGCGUGCUUGGUGUCUGGCGAGCACGCUCGGGCCCGCACGCUCAUCCAGCAGGCCCUGACGACUCAGGAGAAGAUUUUCGGCCCCAACCACGUCGUCACCCUUGCUACGCGCUUUGAGUUUGCCAAGUCGUGUCUGGCCACCGGCUCGCCCAAGGAGGCGAUGGAGAUUUUCCAGCAGCUGCUUGCCGUGCAAGAGACAACGUUCGGCCCCAAGCACGAGCGCGUGGCCAACACGCUGAUGGAAAUUGCUCGUUGCGAGAAUGCUCUUGGAAAUCACGCGGCCGCCCAUGCUCUUCUGAACCGCGCCCAGCACAUCAAGGCGCAGCGUCACCAGGCCGACCACAUUGAAUUUGUGCUGCUCACGUUCGAGAUUGGCCGCACAAACAAUCUCGUCGGCGACUACGCCGUUGCCUUGGGUCAGUUUGACCACGCCUUGGCCGUGCUGCGUCAACACCUCGGUGAUGGUCACAUUACGCAAGCCGUCGUGUACGUUGAGAAGGCGCGUGCUCACGCUGGCUUGAAUGAGUGGAUUCAGACGCGCAACGAGCUUGAACGUGCUUUGGGCAUCCAGAGCCGCGUCUACGGCACCGAGCAUCCCGAACUCGCCGUCACGCUUCGAGAGAUUGGACAGGCGUACAACAAGCUCGGCAACCGCGAAGCGGCCAUCUCCUACUUCCAGCGUGCAAAGGUGAUCGAGGAGCCCACCUACGCUGUGGGUGGCCAUGUCCCCACGCAACCCUCCAACCCGCCGAACGAGUACUCGAUUCUCACCAAGCCCACCGUCGAAGAGGAGGCGGAUCUCUACGCCUCCACGCCCGCCACCAUGUACUUGAGCACGGCCAGUUAUGCCUUCGGCGGCAUGCUUGCUGAUGUUGAAUCCGAGGCUUAAAGUUUUGUUUUUUGUUUGUUGUGUUUGUUUUUGUGCUGGUUUCUUUUUCUGUAUGUUCUGCUGUUGGGGUACAAGGCAAGGCCUGCUCUCUCU